AUGGUGAAGCUGGAGGCACCGGUCAAGCUGGAUCGCGACGCCUCGGCCACGGUGACAUCGCCGACGACAACUAGUCUUCCCUCGCGGCAGCGCAAAUGGCACCCGCGAGUUUUUACCGGCUGCGUCAACUGCCGUCGGAGGCAUGUCAAAUGCGACGAGCGCACGCCGUCCUGCACCAACUGCACGAGGCUGAACCUGUCGUGCAACUUUGACCGCAAGUUCGUCUUCAAGGCCGUUCGCCCAACCAAGGGCCAACCGCAGCAACCGGCGGGCGGUAGAUCGUCGGCGCUCGACCAGCAGGUUGCCUCGUCGAGUUCCACUCCCGCCUCGUCCAGCGCGGAUGAGAUCGUCGACGAUGUCGUUUGUCGCAGCCAGUACCAGUCGGAGCACGCCGGGUCGCUCGUCUCCACGGCCGGCACCGGCGUCAUCACCUUUGCCGGCGACCUCGACUCUACCUUGACUCCUCUCGACUUCGCCUCCAGACGCGGUGCUUCUCCCACCGGACCGGUCAGGGGCAUCGAGUCGUCCUUCCGAGUGACGAUGCCGGACCCGGCCGCUCGCGUGGACGUCGUCGACAACCUCUACUUUCACCACUUCCUCCACACCGUAUCGACCUACCUCAUCAUCUACGACACGCCCUCCAACUCCAACCCGUACCGGAUGCUUCCCACCCUCCUCGGCCGCUCCGGCCUUCUCCAGGAUACCAUGAAGGCGCUCGGCGCCAUGCACCUCUCGGGACUCGCCCACAACCAGAACAGGUACGCCGAUCGGAAUGCCGCCGUCAAGCUGUACGGGAGCGUCGUCACGCGCCUGCGCGACCUCGUCUCCUCGGGCCAGAGCAAGGCAAGCCUGGAGCUCCUCGCCACGAGCCUGCUGCUCUGCAUGUUCGAGAAGAUGUCGUCCACGGACGCAUCCUGGAAGAUCCACCUGCUGGGGGCCGGCCAGAUCUUCCGCUCCCUCUACAGCCCUCGCAUCGCCCACCCCGGUAACGAGGGCACGGAGGAGCUCGGCGUGUCCAACGCGCUCCCUCUACGACGAUUCCUCGUGUCCAUGAUGUCGUAUCUCGACGUCGCCGCCUCCUGCGCGACGGGAGAGGGACCACUGAUACCGGGCGACUACUGGGAAACCUUGGGUGGCGGCUGGGAGUACAACCUCGGCGUCCCAAGCUUCGCGACUUCGCGAAGCCCCGCGGACCGCACCAUGGCCCAACUCCGAGCCUCCUGGUCCAGGGUCAUGUCGACCCAGGCGGAGAUCAGCCGGUUCGCCAAGCUCUCGCGCUCCGGUUUGGACCGCCAUCAGCGAGAAAUGAUGCACAGAGACUUGGCCUAUCGGAUUCGAAACUGGCACGACGCCGCGCCCGACAUAUACUUGCGCCUCGACGGCAUCAACGAGGUGCCGUCGGGGUCUUCGGAAGAAGAUGCCGAGGCUCUCACCGCCGCCGCGUGCGUCAUGUCCUACGCCCUCGGCUGUUCCGUCUACCUCGAGCGAAUCGUGACGCGCCGCAUCGGAAGCGCUGCGUUCGACCCUGAGAUCAAGACCAUCGUCGAUCGGAUACUGACGCUGAUUUUCAACUUUUCGAGCGGCAUCAACCAGUUGGCCAUCCUCUGGCCGCUCCUGACGGCCGGCAUCGCCACCGUCGAUGAGGAACAACAGAACCGGGUGCGGGGGCAGUUGACGGAGAUGAAGAAUUUUGGAUUCAAGCACGUUUUCCGAGUCCUGGACACCUUGGAGUAUUCCUGGGAACAGAUGCGGCUUUACGGCGGCCUGAAUUACGCCGAGUUUGAGGCCAUGAUCUCGGCGAAUCUGGUUCCUUGA